GUUGUUGUCCGACACCAUUAGCGGAGUUUUAAUUCUGCUCUCGUUGCUGCUGCUAUUUGGACUUCCGUUUGCCUCACAACUUUUCUUUAAAGAGUCCCAUUCUAUCUCACCCGAGAUAGAGGUUUGUCUGUGGCGUCGGUGGUGCUGCAGGAUCCCAUCAGAUCGCGGUAUCAUAGGUCAGCCUUAUUCUUAGCCGUGACGCCAUCAUGUCUUUAGCUCAGUCGCAAUUUCCACCCGCGGACAUGGGUAAAAAUCCUGAUAGUGGAGAUAUACGUGAGCAGUUUGGCGACAACCGCGACGAUGUAGAAUCGGGUAGCGAGCCAGAUAUUGCCGACAUCGAGCGCAUUUACAGGAAGCUGGAUUUGCGCAUCAUCCCCGCCUUCUGGGUUCUUUAUUUCCUCUGCGCAGCCGUCCGGUCCAAUGUUUCACUAGCCCAAACGAUGAACAUAGACACCAACCACACUAUUUUCGACGUUCUGCACGUGAACGACCACCAAUCUCGACUGCUCUCGCCUUAUUCUACACUCAGUCCACAUGUCUGGAUGAGUCGCAUUGUCAUUAGUGUCGGCGUCAUUGGCACCUGCAUGACCGCCAUGAAAGCCGCCUGGAGUUUCUACCUCCUACGUCUACUUCUUGGUAUCGUCAUCGCGGGCAUGUGGCCCGGCAUGGCCUACUACCUCACCCUCUUUUACCCUCCGUCUCGAACAGGGAAGCGGAUUGGCCAAUACUACACAGCAGCGCAGCUUUCCGCCGCAGCUGUCGGACUGGUCUCGGCCGGAUUCCAAAAGAUGGACGGUGUCCGAGGCUACGCCGGGUUUCAGUGGAUGUUCCUGGUAUGGGGUGUCAUAACAAUCGCCGUCGGCAUCCUCCUCCUCUGGUGGCUCCCAGACCGGCCCACACCCCCAGGCGAACAGCCCCCGAAGAAGAAAUACCUACGGUGGUUUCCGCGCAGUGCACCUGCUCUGACCGGCCGGGACGCUGAAAUCCACUACCACGACCUGAAGCGCGUGUACCAUCGCUCAGCAUGGACGCUCCAAGACCUCCUCCGCGUGUUCCUCGACUGGCGCCUUUGGCCCCUCCUCAUCAUGUACUUCGGUGUAGUGGGUGUCGGUAUCGGCGUUCAAAGCUACGCCACGGUGAUCAUCAAAGCCAUCAACCCGAAUCUCAGCGGAAUAGACCUCAGUCUCCUCUCCGCCCCAAUCUGGCUCGUAAAUGGACCUAGCCGCCAUCCUCCUCGUAACCCCCUUCUCCGACCGCUUCCACCGCCACCGCGCCCUCUUUUUCUCUGUCCCCGUCCUCCUCCAAAUCCUCGGCCUCCUCCUCACCACCUACGCCGGCACAGACACCAACUCCUGGCCCCGCUACGGCGGCCUCCUAAUCGUCGCUUCGGCCUCGGCCCCACAGUCCCCAUCACCAUGACCUGGACCACCGAGAUCUUCCAACCCCGCCACGGCGAAGUCGGCGUCGCAGCCGCCUCCGCCAUCGUCUCCGGCCUAGGCAAUCUGGGCAGUAUCGUAACGACCUACGCCCUAUACAACGGCUGGGCCGAGGACCGCGCCGCGCCCGGCCGUCUCAAGUUCCGGAAAAGCAACCUAGUCAUGGUGGGCAUUCUGUGCGGAAGCAUCCUCGCCGCGGUAACCAUGCAGAUCCUGGUCCGGGUGAUUGACGGACGCAAGAGCGAUGAGAAUGACCCGGACAAGAUCGUGGAUGGAGCCGCUAGACGCGAGGCACAGCAGAGGGGUCUCGAUGGAUUGGGCUCGGGGAUAUUUUCUCUUUUCAAGAAGAGGAGGAACAACUAA